GAUGAACCGUUUGAUCUACAUGAUUUCAAUAUUCUUUUUAAUAAUUCACAAUGGUUUGUAUGACAGUUGAGUUGUAAACACGGAAGUGAAAGUAGGUUUUUCUUACCGCAAUAAAAAAUGAACAUUACCGAAAAUAACAAGAUGGCGACGCCCAUGGAAAUAAAACAAACCAUCAGACAUUUCUUUGAAGAAGCAUUAACAGAAUUUAAAGACCAUAUACGAAAAUUGACAUUUGUACAGAGAAUAAAUGAUUUUGAAUUUGGAGAAUUUAAUUUACCAUUGGGCUGUGUAAAGUCGGAGAGUGCAGAAGUCCAGAGUUUACAUGAGUGCUUUGCAUCAUGGAAAGAACAACUGAUACUGAAAGGACUUUUGAUCCAAAAGCUGUGUAGUAACCAGCACAGUUGUAUAGCUGUUCAUUUAGAUAGGGCUGCUUAUUUCAAGUCUGUGAUUUCAUCAGUACUACUUGACAGAGAAAAGUAUGGACAUUGUGAAAGAAAAGGCAGUGCACGACCUAUUGUAGUCAACAAUGUAGGAAAAUGUACUGAAUUGGCUGAGAGCAAUAUUACUGGCAGAAAUUCAUUGGAUGUUCUGAGGUCUCUGCUGGUACAGGAGCAUUCUGUCAAAUUGCUGGAAGCAAAUGGUUUCAGCAUAAUCAGUCAGCUGCGGCACCAAGAAGUGAAAGGGUUGGCAGAUAUCGAACAAUACAUUGACCUUAAUCCCAAAUUACUGCAACAGUCACCACAAGUUGAUGUUAUAGAACUGCAAAAAAGUGAAUGUGUGAAGCAAACUUUAUGUUCAUCACAUGUGACUAGUAUCGAACAGGGUGCAGGAGACCUGUCAGUUGAUGAUACUUCAUCACCGACUGGUGUUAAAUGGGAAGGAGAUACGAGCAGGGGCAGCUAUACAUUUGACUGCCGAAGUUUUAUUAAGGAAAAUGGACUUAAAAGUGGAAAAGCUGACUAUGAUCAUAAUCUUGGAAUUUGUGAAAUUCUGAAUGAUGGCAGAGCUACCAAGACGUUUGCUGAAGCAAUCUCUAUGUACAAUUCUAUUCAAGAAUUGAAGCCAGAGGUCAUUGCUUAUAUCAUUGAUCAGAGCUCAGCAUUCAGCCAGCAAAAAGUGAUGUUAAUAUUGCAUCAGAUGCUACGUCAGGCCUCUCUUGAUGUAAAACAGCAUAUCAUUGUGUCCGGACCUGUGGCUCCCAUGGGACCAUCAGAAAGUGCAAACCUGAAGUCAGCAGUCGAAUAUUUAAGAAUGCGACACAGUGACUUAAAGCAGGCAGCUGUCAUGAAAUACGGGGACGCUGUUGACGGUGAUGCAUGGGAAACAACCAUAAGAGCUUUAACAACGGCUUGUGUAAAGUUGGAGAUUCUGUCCACAAUUCCUCGAAAUCAGUUGAAGUUGGAUUUAUGUUCCAGUCACAAUGAAGAUGGAGUGUAUGUGUCUACAGGCUCGUUUGUCAUGUACAACUGCGCUCGUCUGGCUACUUUGUUUGAACAUUUUCAACAAGCUGUCCUGGAUGGAACAUAUCCUGACCUUCCAGAACUUGAAGAGGUGGAUUUCUCCAUGUUGAAAGAAGAGCAAGAAUGGGAGCUUCUGUUUGCCUAUGUAGCUACUUUUCCAGACCUGGUCAAGCAAACAGUGGAGGAUUUCAUCACAGCUGGCAGCGUGGCAGUGUCCAUAAACACUCACAAAGUGUGCCAAAUGCUUGGAACAUUAUGUCGCUGUUUAAGUUCCUACUAUUCAAGAUUCCACAUAUUAGGGGAAUCUCGUGACCACCUUUACCCCCAGAUGUUUGCCAGGCUGUAUCUGUUGAAGGCAGUGCACCAGGUCAUGGUAAACAGUCUACACCUUCUGGGCAUAACUCCGCAGAAUCAGCUCUGAGUACAGGAUCUCUUCAACACGGAGAAGACGUUUGGGUCCCGGCAUUUGACCGCGACCCAUGCGCCUGUUCCAAUGCUGGACGUAAGGAGGAUGCAGGCGGUAACGAGCCACACUUUGUUGCUUCCGUCCUCGAUAAACUCCCGAUGCCUAUGGGUUGUUGAUGUGUCGUAUCUGAAAAUGACGUUAAUAAAAUGUAAAUUU